CUCCGACCCGGAAGCAGAGCCGGCGCACGCCUCCUCUGCCCGCAGCGGAGACCAGGGUGCUUUUGGUGGCUUCUCGGCGCUCUCCGUUUUGUGACAUUGUCCAGUGGAAGGCUGUUUUAUUUGUACAUCUGCUCAAGUUUUGACAUACAAGAUGAAGCAAGAUGCCACAAGAAGUGCUACUUACACUGUGGAUUGUGAAGAUUAUGUGCAUGUGGUGGAAUUUAACCCCUUUGAGAGUGGGGAUUCAGGAAACCUAAUUGCAUAUGGAGGCAAUAACUUUGUGGUCAUUGGCACGUGUACAUUUCAGGAAGAAGAAGCAAACGUUGAAGGAAUUCAGUAUAAAACACUGCGGGCAUUUUAUCACGGAGUCAGGAUCGAUGGCAUAGCUUGGAGCCCAGAGACUAGACUUGAUUCAUUACCUCCAGUGAUCAAAUUGUGUACUUCAGCUGCUGAUAUGAAAAUCAGAGUAUUUGUUUCAGAUCUUCAAGAUAAAAAUGAAUAUAUGGUUUUAGAGGGCCAUUCAGAUUUCAUUAAUGAUUUGGUAUUUGAUCCCAAAGAAGGCCAAGAAAUCGCAAGUGUAAGUGAUGAUCAUACCUGCAGGGUUUGGAACAUGGAAGGAAUGCAAACAGCUCAUUUUGUUCUUCAUUCUCCUGGAAUGAGUGUAUGCUGGCAUCCUGAAGAUACUUUUAAGUUGAUGGUCGCAGAGAAAAAUGGAACAAUCCGGUUUUACGAUCUUACGGCCCAGCAGGCCAUUCUGUCUCUGGAAUCAGAACAGGUGCCAUUGAUGUCAGCACACUGGUGCUGGAAAAACACCUUCAAAGUUGGAGCUGUUGCAGGAAAUGACUGGUUAAUCUGGGAUAUCACUCGGUCCAGCUAUCCUCAGGAAAAGAGACCUAUUCACAUAGAUCGAGCCUACUUAUUCAGGUGGUCUAAAAUUAGUGAAAACUUGUUUGCAACUACUGGUUAUCCUGGUAAAAUGGCAAGCCAGUUUCAAAUUCAUCAUUUAGGACACCCUCAGCCCAUCCUCACUGGUUCUGUGGCUGUUGGAUCCGGCCUUUCCUGGCAUAGAACUCUCCCACUCUGUGCAAUUGGAGGAGAUCACAAGCUGUUGUUUUGGGUGACUGAAAUGUGAAGUAAAUUUUCUCUGUUCUUUAGAUUCACAAACCUUGUAUUUUUAGUACACAUUUUUGAGAAUUUCUUAUUUUUAUAUUAAAUGUUACUGUAAACUCUAAAAAAUGUCUCAGUUGUUGCUUUUGUUAAAUAAAGUG